CAAAUCGAUUAAUCCGAUUUCAGCUGUUGAUCCAAAUUAUUAAACUGCACCAUGGCCGACUCGAAGUUAAAGCCACCCACCUCAAAGGAUAAAGCGCCGCUCAAACCGCCAGCUGUGGCUGCGUUAUCCAUCAGCAAUUUGCAGCUGCCGAGUUCGGCGCAACAGAAAUUGACUGUAGGCUCCAACAACACAGGCUCGGGCUCGGCAACGGGCAAUCCGCGCAACAAAUGCGCCCUCAAGCCUGGUUACUCCUUGAUGAGCUGGGUACGCUUAUGCAAUUCGGGCGAUGAUCUCUCUGGCACCGGUGGACGCGUUGUACCCGUUAGCCGUGCCGAGCUAGCCAAGCACAAUCAGGUCAAUGACGCCUGGAUGGCCAUACGGGGCAAGGUAUUUAAUGUGACACGAUACAUGGACUUUCAUCCGGGCGGUGUGGAUGAGCUGAUGCGCGGUGUUGGACGCGAUGCUACCAAACUCUUUGACGAAGUGCACGCCUGGGUCAACUAUCCCCAAUUGCUCGGCAAAUGCUAUGUGGGUCCGCUGAAAGAAAACGUUACUGCCAAAGUGCAAACGGUGGCAAUUCGACCGCCGCCAGCGCCAACGGAACUUGUACCGCGCUUCGAUUGGAUACAACAGCGUAGCGAAUUGACACUCUGCUUCUAUACGCGACGCAUGGCUAAUCCUGGGAUGCUGCUGAAACGCAAGUCCGCUGCUGACGCCCUGGAGCUGUACAUCCAAUUGGCAAGCAGUUGGCAUGUCUUCGAUUUUAAGCUCAGCGACGCCGUCGUUUGGCCACCAAAGGCUGUGCGUGUUGGUCAUGAAACAGGUAAAAUUGAAGUGGUGCUUAGCAAGCAGGUAGCAGAGCCCUGGACAACAUAUGGCAGCCAGAAGGUUGACAAGCUGAAUGCACCAAGUGAGGAACACUAUGAAUAUGAAGUGUUACACUGCGCUGACUUUAAUCACGACUCCUUUCAACUGAGUCUCCAGAGCGUCAAAGAGGCGGUGCUCAUGCAUGUGCCAGUGGGUUAUCAUCUGGACAUCGAAGUGCCACAUAAUGGCCAGCUGCUAGAGCGCAGCUAUACACCCGUGCCCCACAACUGCCUGCCUUCCAACAGCGCUCAAAUAGACACAGACUCUAGUCCAGGCAUCAGGCAGGACUUUCUUGUCAAGUAUUAUGAGAAUGGUGCAGUGUCCAGGCAGUUGCAUCAGCUGCAACCAGGCGCCACUGUUCGACUGAGUUUGCCGCGGGGCAGCUUUGCGCUGUCCGCGCUGGAACCACAUCGAAACAUCUUGCUCCUGGCCGCAGGCAGCGGCAUCACACCCAUUUUAAGUCUUCUGCGGCCGUUGCUUCGGCGGCAUACGAAUCGCCUCGAACGUCUGCAGCUGCUUUACUUCAAUAAGACAAACUCGGAUAUAUGGUUGCGGGAUAAGUUGCAGGCCCUACAGGAAGCCGAUGAGCGUUUCACGUGCAAGCACAUUUUAUCGCAGGCGGAGCAGCCAGUCCAAUGCGGUCGCAUCUGCCAGGAGCUGUUAGCGCCGUUGUUUGAUAAACAGCAAGCCGAGUCCUUCAGCUACGUGGCAGUGUGUGGACCUACUGGAUUCAACACAGCCGCGCUGGACAGCUUGAAGGCACUAAAUCUUAAGCCUGAGCAAGUGCAUGUCUUUCAGGGCUGACAUUGACGCAAUUUCACUCGAGGAAUCUUAACCAAGCUUUCUUAUUUUUUCAAUUUUCUUUGUAUUUAUAGUAUCAGGCUAAUUUCCAACUUGUACAAAAUAUAGAAAAUUUAUUGUCAAUUUUUAUGAUCUUUCCUAAAUAA